UCUACUGUGGCUAUACGAUAUUUUCGUCGCAUAACACAUCUCUCAGUUGGAGACGAAACGGUUUCGGUAAUUUUUAUCGCUCGGUUUUCCUCGUGAUUUCCAACGGUCACCGUCGUUUUCUCAAAAGAAUUUCAUAGUAUUUUUAUGCAACGACAACAACAACAGUAGCAGCUGACUGGCGGCGUUGCCCGCGACCCGCACUCGCGUUCCUGAAUAUAUGUUUGUGUGACGUGUUUUUGCGUCUGCCCAUCCACGAUUAUAUCCGUUUAUCAAAACGACGCAUAAGAUUAUUAUUAUUAUAUAUAAAUACGUCGUGUGUCAUGUGACGUAUUAUAGUAGUUGAUUAUAUAAUUAUGUAAUCUAAAAUAACUAAUAAUAGUUUAAAUAUAUAUAUACAUGAAUUUUAGUACGCUAGGAUUGAGAUUGUACGUAGAAUCAUAACAACAUUGGCACGCGGGUGGACAGCUGUCGUAGAGUUUUGUGAUAACAGUCGACACUCGAUACCGUCGCCGGUUUGUGUACAUUAAACAUUUAGUUAUUGAAUUUUUUACAUUUUAUUUCCGAGUAGACAAUCUCUUUCCAGUGUUCUUUUUCCACCCUUUCACGCGUGGCAGCUUUCAGUUGUGCGAUCUGCACGUGCCAUUCGUAGCUCAAGUGUGUGUGUGAUGUCCGACAACAGUGACGGUAACAGAUUGUCUAGACGCUACGACGUCUAUCAUUCCAGCGGAACAAGUGCGGUGGUCGAUACUCCGUCGGUACAACUACAAACGGCAGCGGAGUACAAAACAUUAGCUGACAAAAGUUCUAAUGACAUUUUAUCUGAAUACUUAUUAUUGGAGUUGGGACAGAGUAAAAAGGAAAUAUUCAACUAUGUGCAUUUAAGCCAGUCAAUGAGAAUAACUAACAUCAAUAAUAAAAAAAAGUUACUCAACACGAUUUUGCACUCCAAGGUAAUAAACACACAAUUGGAAGUAGAAUUGGUAUUAUCAUGUUUGGGAGUCGACAGUGGUCAAACACUACCUAAGUCUCUGCGAGCAAUUAAUAAAAAAGAUCACGAAGAUAGAGAUGACCACAAGAACAGGAAUGAUCACGAAAAUAGAGAUGACCACAAAAAUACACAUGACCAGAAGUACAAAGAUAACAAGAAUAAAAACGACCAAAUACACAGAGUUGACCACAAGGUUAAAGAAGUGAUGCCAUCAUCUAUUGGUCCAUUAAUUUUACAAUUCACACAAUUAGAAGAAUCAAAUUUCAAAAAUCAAUUUUUCAUCACUAGAAGCUCAUUUCAAAUAGUUUGCAGUCAUUUAAUGCAAGAAUAUGGAAGUAUGGCAUACAAGAGAACUGAAAUAGAUGUUGAAAAACAAUUGCUGGUUGCUCUAACGUAUUUGGGAACUGUUUUGAGUUACAAAGAAAUUGGAUCAAAGUUUAACAUCGCUAUUAGCACUGCUCAUAAAUGUGUUAAUGAUGUCACAAAUGCAUUGUUUAAACGUAUGGCUGAACUUAUUUAUUGGCCGAUAAAUCAACAAGCUGAUGCUGAAAUAAAAGCUUUCGACGAAAUGCCUGGAAAUAAUUUUCCUGGUAUACUUGGUGUCAUUGGAAUGGUUGACUUGAAAAAAACUUGCACAGCCAAUCCGUCCAAACAUACUAAAGAUGGAUCUUCAAUCGCAAUUCAGUGUGUAUGCAACAACAGAUAUCAGUUUUAUAAUGUUUUCACCAGUUAUUUGCUCAAAUCAUCAGUUACCACCUCAACAUUUUUAGAGAGUCCUUUAGCUGAAAUGAUUCUUAAUGAUCCAGAUACACUGUUUCCAAACAGCUGUACUCAUAUUAUCGGACAAUGUUGUUUCCCUCUUCUACCCAAUUUAAUGACUCCAUUUUCUGGUGAUACUUGUAAUACAACAUCACAGAAUAUCUACAAUGAUGCCAUUGAGGUACCAUUAAACAUUAUAAAAUUGGCGUUUGGAAAACUAUUGGGGCGAUUUAAGAGAUUGUUGUGCUUAGAUUUAUGGGGGCAAGAUAAGUUUGCCAUACUAAUAUUUGCAGCUUGUUGCUUGCACAACUUAUGUUUAGGUAACAAUGAUGACAUACAAUGUCCACCUUAUGAAUGCUGCACUUUCAAAUGUGAUUAUUAUGAUGAGUAUAGUGUUCAAAAACGACGAGAAAUAUGCUCCAAAAUUAAAUCAUGAGUUCUACAAAUGUCCAGAUUAAUUGUUUGGAUACCAUUGUACAAAUGUCAUAUACAGUGAAACCUCUCUGAACAAACACCUAUAAAUAAUGGAAGUCUCCAAAUAACAGACAAUUUUUUGGAAACAGGGACAUUUUUACGACUUAUCUUAUAUCCAUGAGAAAACUUCUAAUUACCAGACAAUCUAAAUAAUUGACACAUAAUUGCCAGAUUUUGAUUAUUUGUAUCAAAUUUGUCUUUUAAGUCUAUCUUUUUGCAAUACACAUGGCACAUCAUAAAAUUAUCAAGACAUUACACAAAUAGGGAUGUGUUUUGUCAGCAGUAGAUGGCAUAAUAAAUUGCCUCUAUUGAAAUAUUUGAAAUACAUAAUACAAUGAAUUCUUCAACAUAGAGGAAUUAAAAAAUUACUUAACAUACAAAUUGAGACAAUGCGUCAAAAAAUCCUUGAACAAGCUAAAAUAGUUUAUUCUUUUUUUUAAAUGUUAGUUUUUUACCUUCAUUUAUUUUUUCAUAAUUAAAAUAAUAAAUACAAGUGUACAUAUGCCAUGUAUGUAAUUAAAUAAUUUAAAAUAUUAAUAAACAUACAUACAUUAUACAAUACCAA